AUGGGCAGCUCCGAUAGUGAUGUUGAGGACUUCGUGGACGCUGUUCAAUACGACAAUGAAGACGAAGUAGAGGAGUUUGAGCACUUGCAGCAUCUCCGCGAUGUUUAUGAGGUUGAAAACGAUGAAUUUGAGGAUACUACUGAGACAAUAGAAGAAAUUUACGAAGAGGAAAAAUCUUCAUGGAGAUUAUCGAGCCAGCAACUAACAGUUCCUUGCGAAUGGCACUGGGAGAUGACGACAGAAGAACGCUGGAACGCUCUUUAUCCAGUAUUGAGCCUUCGGGGCGAUCUCAAUGCUUGCUUACAGCAUGUGUUCGUCAAAAGACUUGAAUGUCUGAAAGUUGAACUACAGCAUGAGGUUCUCCGAGCAAAUUCUCGCGUUUACGAGGGCAAAGCUGUUAUUAUUGGAGGUACAAUAACAGGUUGUGUGUCCAGAUUGGAGGCUAUUCGAACGACCAACCCGUUCGCAAUUUUGGCGGAGGAGGCAUCAGAAGUGAUGGAGCCUCUCCUUGUUUCAUGCUUUAGCUCAUCUACACGAAAACUGGAAAAGAUCGGAGAUCAUAUGCAGCUGCAGCCGUCCGUAAUGGGCCCGAAUCGACUUCGAGCGAGCGAACAAGAUUAA